GCAAUAAUAUUACAGCACAAGUGACAGCAGUAGAAGAAGUAAAGGCCUAUGUAUAGGAGCAUUAUGUAUGGUGUAGGAUUAAUAAUAUAUCAUCAAUUAUAUUUGAUCUGUUUUCAUUUGUUGUAAUGUAACUAACUGUAGGAUUUAAAUAUGUACAUAGCACACCAAGUAUUUUAUAAUGAAGUUAUUAUAUGAUAAUUAUUGGCAAUUUAUAGCCAAAUAUUUAAAACCUAACUGACUGAGAAGAUGCUGUGCAGCUGUACUUUCUUUUGCCUGAGAUUUUACUUUUAACCUCUAGAGGGAGCUGAUGUCCACUGCAUCUGAUAAGUGAGUGCGCCAAAAACAUGCACAUGAGGAAGCACAACAAAAAACAUUCAUUAAAAAUGAAUAAUUAUUUAUUUCAAAUUAAUUUGAUCAACAAAAUUAUAACUUGCAACACUUACAUUAGGAACUCCAUAUUACAUGUUGAAAUGUUUGUAGAGGUGGAACCACAAACCACUAAAAUAUAAAAUACAAUCACAAGAUGGGGCAAUUUUCAGUGGUGUUUCAUAAAAAGCCAAAAAAUAUUAAGUGGUUAUGAGCAAUCAGUUAUGACUUUUAUAAUGGAAAAUGCAUGAACUUCUUGUUAUCAAAAUCUUAGAUGGACUCCUUAUUACUAAACAUAGUCAAAGAAAAGCUGCUGACGGCAAAGAAUACACAACAAACCAAAGGAAACCUUCAAUUCAAUGGAACAGUUACCAAUUUUAGUGCUUUAACCACACUGAUAUUUGCAUGAGGUCUAACAAAUGUAUGUUCGUGUAAUAAGGAAUUUACUGAGGACAAUAUACACCCUCUAUGACUGUAACAUCCACUCUGUAGGCAGAUAACUUAUUGAUCCCCAUCUUGCACUCUGCUGCUGCAGAGAGGCCAGCAGCCUCCAGGGAGAGUACUGUACAUCUGAGCUCUUUGCCCUUUUCUCUGUCCUCGCAUCCCUUCUCCUCUCAUCCCCUUCAUCACCUUCCUUCACUCUUCCUUCCUUCAAGUGGGGGAUUAAUCAUUCCAUUUCCCCACCUCAUUCAUUCACUCACCCCCACCCCCACCUCUCUUUUUUAUGCAUCUCUCUAUCUCCUCUCUCCAUCCAUAUGCUUAGCUUGUCUCUUUCGGUGCAAUACCGAAAUACUUUUUCGGUAUUUCCGUCGUGCAGUAAAAGCCAGACGAAUGAUUGGGGCUCACACUAUUCAAGGUAGGAAAAGAAAGAAAUGCUUGUAUCAUGGAUGCUGAAUGCAGAGACAUUAAGUGUGUUGCAACACAUUUUGCAGCACCAUGAUGCAGCAAUAUUUUGAGGCUGUGCAUAUCAGUUGUUAACCACGUUCCCUUCUUUAUUUUCACAGAGUUUAAAUACUUCAGGGGUGACGCUACAUUGGUGAUUUCAGUGGAUGGUUUGAAGUGGUUUUCCAAAAUGAGGUGCAGUGACAAAGGAGUUGAUAAAUGGCUAUAGGUUGUUGAGCAAGUAAUGGAUUUUUUGGGCUUUUUCACUGAAAACAGCUGCUUGAUGUUGCUGAAAAUGAUGUAUUUGAAGGGGUGAUCAUUAGGUUUGGCCAUCAUUUCAGGUAUGACAUCUCUGUACUCACGAAAGUAACUGCUGUAAUCUGUGAACACAUGUUCUUGGACAAAUAAGUGUCGAUACAAUCAGGUUUUAAACAAGCCAUCAUCUCUUUUUAGCAGUUAAACAAAAAAUUGGCACAGCGGAAAGGCCAGUAAUAAGCCCUCAUUGAGCUGAGAUCUUGUGUGUGCCCUGUCUGUGUUCCCAGGUCUCAGCAAUUAAUUUGGUAAGUACAUUAUUCUUGUGGGCUUUUUUCACAUCACAUAUCUUGAUGUCUGUUUUAAUCCAGUGUCCCAGUAAUUCAUGACAGCGAUGUUAAAAACAGUUUGAUUUCCAUUACAUGUGACGGUGAACAGAUGGUAAAAUACAACAAGGUCUCAGUGAGUCAUUGUGAAUCAUCCAUACAGGGAUGAAGAGCUGCAGUUACUGAUAUCCCCAGGUCAGAUGAUCCAGGCUGAUGAGGAGCUCCAGCCAGUGGCCUGCUUCUGUAUCCUUGAUGAAAGAGGAGGUGCAGCCCCUGACAUAUGGAGGAACAGACCAAGUUUGGUAACAUGGCCACCAUCCUUCUCUAUCCUGCCUCAACUAUGUCAUCCUCACAUGGAGCCCACACAUCAUUCAACGCUUGUCUCUUUACCUUCUUAUGUCUCAGAAUGCCUAAAGAAGGACCCGUGGACAAGGUUCAUUUUAAACAUGCAGGGCGUUCUCAGUUUCAACAGAAAGGAUUUAAAUACUGUGAUCCAGCAGGCAGCUGUUACAAAAAAUCCACAUAAUAGAUUUAUCAUUUUCUGCUAUGAGGACACACUGCUACAACUUUCUGGGGACACUGAAGAUCAUAGGAUGUCUAUAUGGGAUACUUGUUGGCAUAUCAGUAACUCAUCUGCUCACUGGCUCCAUGGUCCCAACACCAACACAACUAAAGGGAUUCAACAUGAACUGAAUGGCAGAGACAAUUUUAACACAUGCAGUCCAAAAAGUACUCUGAAAUCCUGUGAGAUCUACACUGCUCAGAGAGUUUUGUAUAGGAAAGAGGAUAAUGUGAAAAGGAAGAAGGGUGUGUCCUUUGAUGAUGAAGUCAUUAUCUACCUUUUUGAUCAGGAGAGUCCCACCAUGGAGCUGCACUCUGGGCCCUGCACAUCUCUGCAAAGCACCUAUUCCUGCAACCUGUCAGAGGUCACAUUAGAAGACAGUGGCUUGGAGUGGGAGGACGACUUCUCAGCUUUGGAGAAGAGCUGCCAUUUUCAGUGUGGCAGACAGUCAGUAUCUCAGCUCUACACCCCUUCCCUGCCAACACAGAGCUGCACUGCCCUGUCCAGGCGUUUGUUUCUGUCCCAAACCUGCCUGUUCCUCACCCAUGUCACUGAGUCAGACCUUGAGCUGUGAGAUAAAGGAUUAGUGGCACAUACAUGCACACAUAUUGAGUUGAACUAGCUGAUUUUUAUGUCACAGUGGUGGCAGCCAUUCUGUGACUUCGUCUGCCUUCAGCCAAAGGCCACCUCGCUGUCACCAUGGCCUGACGUGACAUCCACACUUGUUUUUCUUUCAGACAGCCAGCCUUGGCCUAAUGGAAAAACUGACUAAUCACCCAGAUCUUGUCCUCCUCACCUCCAACUCAUCUCCCCACGUCCCUCCUCUUUUAUGAUGAGUCAGGGAUUUUAAUAGCUUUUUUUUCCCCUUCUCUCUCCGCUGCAAAUGGAUUCAAAGCACCUGUUGCUCAUGACAUCACUGCCACGCAGGACAGUGUGACAGUGCAUUCAGCCUUCACAGUUGUUGGUAUGACAUGAUUGCUGGCUAUGAUGUGAUAAACAGCCAGUUGCAUAACAGUGCUGGUACCUUUCCAGCUGCAAAACUCUCUGGUACUGCCUUACAUGCCAGGCUGUGUCCUUGGACCUUCACUGUGAAACAGAAAUAUCGCAAUGUUGUCACUUCAGUUUAAUAAACUGUUAUGCAUGUCUGAAAUCCUGUUUUAUCUUUAAAUUACUGUCAAUUCCAGGUCAACACUAAAAUACAUUUUUGUUUAUACAGUUUGUGCUACUCAAACAGAGCAUUCUUGUAGAGGCCCUGUUUGCUUGCCUCAUUACUGAAGUGUAUCCAUCUUAGAAUUUAUCAGUGGCAGUGGCUGAAUAAACAAUGUAAGCCUUACGGCCAAUGGAGGCAGAAACUGAACAAACUAAAAAUAAUAGAUAAUUUCCACAGAGCCAGCAUCAGCGAGGUUUGGUUGAUUAGAUACAGUGUACCUGAGGAGGAAAGGAAAACUGGCAGGAUCAGUCUUAGUGUUCACAUGCACACACACACACACACACAAACACACACACAAGCUGUUCAAGGACGCCAAAAGCUAUAAGUGUUUGCCUCUGAUAGCUGGGAGCUUCACACCUGCACACUGUUGUUGUUAGAAGUUCAAGAUAUUCUCUCUUAACGUUGCUGAUAGUCAAAUUACAGGAUUUCAUUCAUAAGACACUCGUGGGACAUCUCAGUUAUAGAGAACUUUACUUUUGUUAGGAAGCACAGAAGGUCUGGACAAGACAGAAUUUAAAAAGCCUCAGGAGAAAGCGGUGUAUUUCUGAUUAGCACUAUAUAGAACACGCUGUGAAUCAGGAGCUCAGUGUAUUAAUUGUGUAUUCUGCGGGAUAUCUCACUGCCCUGACGCCACCCUCUCUACUCCACUAUCUAUCACAGCAGGAGAGGGAAAUAAUCCCAACUGCCAACAGAUGUGUUUGGGCCUCCAGGUCAAACAGACAAGGUGGGAUUCUGCAAGGUCACAUAGAAAUGGGGUCUGUUGGUAAUUAUUCAAAAAAGGUUCAUUGUGUUAUGCUCUGUUCUUGUUUAUUUAGCACAUUUCUUCAUGGUAGGCCGACUUUUACGACCUCUGUCACAGGUCCAUAUUACGCCGCACAGGGUAAACACCAGUGCAGUGCAGAAAGUUAAAAAGUUUGGUGAAAGGUAAAUAAUUUGACAAACGAGACCCCACCCUGUUUCUUUACAUUCAGGUGUAGCCUGGAGGACUGUAUGCAAAUGAAGCAGUGGAAGGUGAUAAGCCACAGUGGAAAUUAUGUUAACUGACUGGAGUUAAAGGAGUGGACAAGGAACCAAAAUUAACUGCUUCUGACUCUGUUAAGCCUAAAACAUCAGCUCCCCUCUGCUGCACUGAACGAAACUUUUACUGAGGAACUGUUAAGCUGUUGUGAAAAAAAAAGACCAAAUAU